ACAGACGUGCGGUGGAACCCAACUGGAUGCCCCGUUUAUUUUGUUAGCUGUGUGUGCUGGUGUGAGGAUCGCUUUCAGGACGUGUGGGGGUGAAAUGUGUAUCUUGUCUUAACAUAGGUCUUGACUAUCUAUCCACAUAAUCUGUGGACAUUGAACUGAGGAUUACGGAGGAUUUGUUCAGAGCAGACUGAGCCUGAACUCAAGUUGUAGAUUGUGUUUGUCUGUCUGGAACCCCCUCAGAUAGAGAAGGCAUGGCCUGUGUUUCAGUGAAGACGUGACUCUCCUUAUACAUCUAUGCGCUGCAAGGCCGUAGCAACAAAUCCUUCAAGCCUUCAACAGCUUGAGGAGAAGGAGAAAGAGUAAGAUUUGUGUACUAAAUUAAGUGAAGGGGGCGGAGGAUUUAAAGAAAAGGCACAGGGGGUGUUUCUUGCCCCUCUCUCCCCUUUUCUCUCUCUCUCCCUGCUGGUCUCCUUGGUCACACACAUGCACACAUCCUCACACACACACAAACACUGACGAGGGCUCAGUCCUGCUAUGGCCACCACCACCACCGAGGAGACCUCUCCGGUCCCGGCCACCGUAGCACCACAGCAGCCUGACUUGGAAACUAGCGUAGAACCCGGCUCAGCAGCAAAGCCUGAGCCCAGCAAGGCCCAAGGAGACAGAGAGGAGAAAGAGGAUGAGGAAGAGGAGGAAGGCGGUGGAAAAGGGCAGAGUGUGGACCCGGAGUGGGUGGAGGAGAGGUUCAGGAUCGACAGGAAGAAGCUGGAGAACAUGUUGUAUGCUCCAAAGCAAGGAGACGGUGAGACAGGAGAGGAGUUUUUUGAGAGAGUGAUGAGAGAAACUGACACUCAGGUGAAAUGGCCAUCUAAGCUGAAGAUUGGAGCCAAGUCAAAGAAAGAUCCACAUGUGAAGGUAGAAGGGAAAAGAGCCAAUGUUCUGGAAGCCAAAAAGAUGAUACUACAAGUGCUGGAAACCAGGGUCAACAAGGUGACUCUAAAGAUGGACGUGGCGUACACAGAGCACUCCCACGUGAUUGGGAAAGGUGGUGGAAACAUCAAAAAGGUGAUGGAGGUCACAUCUUGUCACAUCCAUUUCCCCGACUCCAACCGACACAACGGUACGGGAGAGAAAAGCAACCAGGUCUCCAUCGCGGGGCCCAUAGAAGGAGUGGAGGAAGCCAGGAGGAGGAUACGAGACCUGCAGCCGUUGUCCUUGACCUUUGACCUUCCGGUCAGCCUGGUGCCACAGGCUCUGCCAGAUGCAGGCUCCCCUCUUAUCCAGCAGGUAGUGCAGACUCUGGGGGUCAGCGUGAGCUUCAGGGCCGUGCCACCGCAUCCUCAGGCACAACCUAACUUCUAUGAAAGCUGCUGCACCAUCUGGGGCCUGCAGGGCAACGCAGCAGCUGUCAAGAAGGCAACCUGCAUCCUGAUGGAUCUGCUGUUGGGCUCAGAGGUCACAGGCGGUAUAGUGAGCAGCCAGAUGGACGUCACCUCCCAGCAGCAUCUCUUCCUGUUGGGGCAGAACGGAGCUCACUUCCUGAGCGUCAUGCAUCAGACCCAGACCCAGAUCAUCCUCCCAGACCUCAGCGCUCCUCAGAGCCCCUCCUCGCUGCUCAUCCAGGGCAACCCUGACGGGGUGUGUCUGGCUCGGCAGCAGCUCAUGGACUGUCUGCCUGUGUGUUUGAUGUUUGACAUGCGUGAAGACGGCGAGGCAGAUGCUUGUAAGCUGGCUCAGAUGAUGCAAAACCUGGGAGUCUUCAUUAGUGUCAAGCCCAAAGUAAAACAGACCAGCAAGUCAGUGGUGGUGAAAGGUCUGGAAAGGAACAUCUCCUGUCUUUAUGAGGCUCGCCGUCUGCUCCUCGGGUUAGAUUCUUGUGAGACUGCCAAGGUAACCGGGUUGACCCCUGACCCCAUGCUCGGCAGCAGCGGCCUCACCCACUAUUGGCUCAACAUGCUGCUGCAGCAACUUCGUCUCUCUGAGCAGGGCUCUGUGCCAGCUCCCACUCCAGAGGUGCUGACUGGUACUAAGCCCCGCCCCUCACCCCCACCAGGUCUCACCCCUCAUGCUGACGAGGGGAGGACAGGACUGAAGGGGACAGACAGCCGGCCACUGGAGAAGAUCCUAGAAAAUGAGGACCAGUCUGGCCAGUCAGAGGAUGAGAGCUCUAAGGUCAUGGAGAUGUCAUCAUCUGAGGCGUGUGAUUCAGUCAGCAGCAUCAGCAGGAUGGGAUCGCUGGGACGGAGAGGGAGUCUCCAGAGUCCUGAGAUCACUAAGAUUUUUGUCCAGGGGAGACGCCAUUCAACUGGCCAGGCGCUAACACACAGAUUGCUGAACGUGGAGACUGAGGGAGGGAGGAGUGAGCGGAGGAACAGCCUGAGGAGAGAUGUGACGCUGGCUCAGGAUGUUCGCGCUGACUCAUCCAAGGCUGAGGAUUAUGACUAUGAGAGGAAGAAACUGCUGGCAACCAGAGCCAUGCAGAGGAAGCCUGUGGUCACGGAGGUCCAGACACCCACAGACACCUGGAGUGGCCUUGGCUUCUCCAAGUCCAUGCCAGCUGAGGCUGUCAAGGAGCUCCGCAACAUCAGCCGACGCAGCUACAAACCCUACCUGAGCAUCAGCAAUAGUCAGCAACAGUCUUGGGCAACUCAGGUGGGAAAGGUGUGUAAUGGGAGCGACUGUGAGAACUGGAGGGACAGACGUGGAUCCACAUCGUCAUCCCUGCCUGUCUCUUCCUCCUCCUCCUCCUCCUCUUCUGCCUCCUCCCCCUCCUCACCCCCGUCUACUUUCUCUUCUUCCACCUCCUCCUUCCCUGCAUUUGCAUCCUCGACGAAUAGAAGCAGAAAUGACAAACCCUUGGAAAGCAGCUACUUUGAUGGUGUGUGCUCAUCAAGGAGGGCAUCAACCUGCAGUCAGCGGAGCCCCUCCCCCCAAAUUAUAGAUGACCUGCCUGAACUGCUGAGCCAACUUGGCCUAAUCAAAUACAUUGAUGUGUUUGAACAACAAGAGAUUGACUACCAGACAUUCCUCACGCUGUCUGAUGAAGAUCUGAAGGAAGUAGGCAUCUCCACCUUUGGAGCCAGACGCAAGAUGUUACUGGCAAUCUCAGACCUGAACAGGAGCAAGAGGAGGCUCUCAGAUACACCCGCCGUGAAGCCUGGCUACCUGGAGGGCGGUGCUAGUGGGCGACUACCACGAAUCAUGGACCUUGACGUUGCUGCUCAGAGUAAUCGCUGGUGAGAGGAGACGCCGACGAGCUCUGAGCUCCAUCUGACGGACGUGACUGACAUAUUCAGCCUCUAAAAAAGUACACAGUGAUGCUGUUGCCAGGGCAGAGGUCAGAUGUGUUGUUUACUCACGGUAAAUGGAUAAUCACGAAACUGCCUGAGGAGCAGCAAACUUUAUGUAAACAUUUGACUCCAGUGCCUUUCAUCUACAGCCAUACCCCAAAGCUUUUUAUACAAAAUCAAGACAAGGAGGUCUUCCUUUCCAAGCCUCUGAUUCUACAUGAAACAAACUGUAUGAAACACAACUGACAAUGGGACCACGCUGAUCCUUUGUGGUGUCUUUUAUCAUCAUAAAGUGCCUUCCUUAUGCAAACUGUAA